CUCCCAUCCAACUAAACCUCGAACGUGUGAGAAAAGCUUUAGGGGCAGUAGUAAUAUGGCUGUUUCUUUGUGAUUUAGCAUUAAACGAAAAUAAUGUUAAGUUUACACUCUCUGUGAUUUUUUUCGUCAGUUACAAUUUAAUAGAUCUUAAAAAUGAAACUAAAAACACUGUUAUGACCACGUACUUUUACCACGUCUGUGGAAGAUACGACGCAUCAUAGUUGACAGUAAUGUCUGAAAGCGAAGGAGAACAAACAGCUAGAUCCAUAGCAUUAGAACAAGUAUAUGUUCAUGAAGUCUAUGAGCAAUGUGCUGAAAAAACUGCUCAAAAUCGUCAUUGGCCAAAAAUUUAUAAAUUUCUCGAGGAACUAGAACCUGGAGCUCUUGUUUGUGAUAUAGGUUGUGGAAAUGGCAAAUAUUUGAGUAUUAAUAAUAACAUUUUUCAAGUCGGUGCGGAUAAAUGUAAAAAAUUUACAGAUAUUGCUCGACGAAAAAAUAACGAAGUAUUAAUAUGCGACAAUUUAGCAUUACCAUUUCGAGACGAAAGUUUCGAUGCAGUCUUAUCAAUCGCUGUAGUUCAUCACUUUGCGACAACCGAAAGACGAGUGAAUGCAUUGAGAGAACUUGCACGUGUUUUAAGAAUUGGCGGAAAACUAGUAAUAUCAGUUUGGGCUAUGGAACAAAGACAUAGAAAGUUCGAAUCUCAAGAUGUUUUAAUCCCCUGGCCUAAAGCUUAUUGCUUAAAUGCUACAUGCUACUGUGGAACAAAGAUUCCAUGUGAUGAUGAGCAACGUUGCCACCUAACAAGGAAAUCUAUUUUACCAUUAAAACGUGAACAACAAAAGUAUAAAUGCCGACGAUACAGGAAUGAUCCUUUUGUUAGUUCAUCACCAUCUACAAGUAGCUUAUCAAGUCCUAACGAAACAUGUUAUAGUUUUUUUCGUCGCGCUUUACAGAAAUUAGCAGGAAAAAGAAGCAUUAGCCAUCGCCCAUGGUUUUUUGAUUCUUUCCACAAUAUUAGCUGUAAAAAUCGUCAUCACGAAUUCGAUUCUGAUGACAAUUCUGAUGUCGACGAUAUCCCUAUUGAAUUACGUCGGUUGGAAGAUGAACAUGUAAGAUUAAAUAAACUGGACAAUACUUUCGGUAUUAAAUCUAAAAGUCUUGGUGAUAUUUUGGAAAUUCAACACCUAGACUUAGUACGAUCGCGUUCAAGUAUUCCAGAUCUAUGGUCAACAGCAGCUUUGGAAGAAGAAUUUUAUGACCGAUCUUCAUUACAAAACCCGUUAGGAAAAUGUAAAUCGCGAUUUAUUAAACAAAAAAAUCACUGUUUAGAAAACAACUAUCUCGAAAAAACCGUUCAAAUUACUGAUAAUGGAGAACUUAAUAAGAAUCUUCCAGAAUUACAGGCUAACAGCAUAAAGACAAGGUCUGGAAAACAUCCAUGUAUUUUCAAACAACUGUCUAUGAAUGAAGAACUCAUGUCAAUGGAACGUUUAGCGGAACGUGAUUAUGUGCGUCAUAAAUUUAUGAAACAAAUGUCAUUGAAUGAAGAUAUCAUUUGUAAAAAUAUAACAUUAGACAAAAUAGAAGAUAAUUCAUCUUUAACAGCACGAAGAUUUCAAAUAUUAAAAAGUGGCCUUACCAACCGAAUUAAGCGAUCAACAACAAAUAUGGAUAAAGUAUCUCCGAUAUCAUUUAAAAACGGAUUAGUUAAAAUAUUUCAAAAUUGGAAAUCAUUAGAUUCUAGUUUUGAUGAUCAGACAGACAAUAAAUAUCUAGAAGAACCUAUGGUUCAAACAGAGGAAGAUAUUCCAUUACCAGUUACUUUCAAGAAAGAACCUGAAGUCGAACGAUGUUUGUCUAAAGAAGACGGCUCAGAUUCCUCUAAAGACAGUAGUCUGCAAAGUGAUACAAGUUUAGAUUCUGAAGAUAGUUUUGCAUCGGUUAUUUAUGUGCCAAAGAAACAAAUUUCGCCUGUUGAUAUCAACGCAAUGCCUUCUGUUUCCCACUUGAGGACAACGUCAGCACCACCGUCACCGAGAGUUAAACAUCCGCCAGAUCUCCACAAGCCUAAAAUUAAAAUUAUGUCAAUUUUGCCUUUAUCGAAACAGUUCCCAGCUGCUAGCAAAUCAUUACCACCUCCUAGCCCACCUGGACUUUCACCGAAAACCUUCAAUUCUUUUAUUACACAAUCGUUCUUUCAUCAGCAAAAUGUAGCAUAUAAUUUUGAUAAGCUUACAAACAAACAAUCAAACGAGGACCCAACUGGUGAUUCUGAGACUAAUUCUCACAGUGAAAACAUUAGGAACUCAAAUGAUUCAAAACAAAAUUUUUUGAAUUUAAGUCAUCAUAAUUUAGAAAGUUCACAUUCAGCCGAAGAAAAUGAUAGUAAGACAAAAGUAUCUAUAAAUAAAUUGAGUGCAGGAAAACCAAAAGAUUAUUCAUCACCGUCCAGUUUAAUUGAUGAUGUUCCGAUAUUAGAUAAUUUGAAAACAGGCUCAGAAUCCAACGAAUCACUAGAAAAAUCUCACAAAGACAUUUCCAAUGAUGAAGACAGCAGGAAGUGUCGAUUGAACGAAAUAAAAGAAUUAUUACAACAAAAGCCAGGGUUCGCGACCCGAUGUUCAAAACCGUCAUUCCCAUUAGUUCGAAGAGCAUCCACAGCAACGACAGGAAGACUAGAAGCAGUAGCGAAGACAUUACCCCGGCUGUUGUCAUUAGAGUUAUUCAAUCCGGAAACAGAUGAUUUAGACAGUGAUUCUAGUGGUGUUUCUUCGCCAGAUUCAGUUGAUUCCAUCGUGAGCGUAAUUUCUGAUGAACGUCGCAUUGACAAAUUCAAAAUUAUCCAAUCAAAACAAUUAGAACUAUCGAAAAAAUUACAAAAUCCCAAUAGCACUGCAGAAUCUGUUGCAAAUACCGACAAGGAGCCUUUGAAUGAAUCAAUAAUUUUUUCUUUUGCGUCAUCAACGCAGUCAUUGAGGAUACGCGAACCACCUGCUGAGCUAUCAAGCUCUGUCGGAAAUUCAGCGGAUCAAAUUGGAUCGCGGUCUGAAUCAGAAGUGUGUUCCCAAGUACCAGACUGUACAGAAAGUUCUAAAUCAUCGUUGAUAAACGACAACUUGAGUAAUGAUCGUAAUUGGAAGAAGAAGUCUCAUGAAAAUCUGAUCAAUUUCAGCGAAAGCAUAGCAGAAAAUUUCUUCAAGGAUAUUGAUCAAUUUUGCCAACAGAGAAAAUUGGAGCUUUUGAAUGACAUAACAAGUAGCAGUAAAAUAGCUUUGAAUUCCGACCAUUCUUCAUCACAAGCUUGUGAUCGUAAAUUAGAAGGAACAUCAAAUUCGGAUGAACUGCUAGUAGAUAAUACUGUUCUAUGGUUGAAAAAUUCAAUAGAUGAGUUUUCAAAAUCAGACAAUAAAUUAAAUUUAAUUGAUAAUUUGAUAAUCAAAAGAGAGUGUCAAGGAAAUGAGUGUCUCUACGGAAUCAGCUCUGAAGAUACUAUGGGAUUUGUAAUAGUGUCAAAAAAUGGAGAAGUGGAGGAAAAUAAAAGUAUAGAUGAUAAGUUUAUACUUGAUUCCAGAGUCAAUAAGAAUGAGAAGGAACAAAAAGUUUCUACGUUUAGUAAUUUCUUAGAGCCUAAUGAUGAGGAUUCUGAUAAUUUCGGUAGUUCGCAAACAAUACAAAGUUCACCAACGACAUUUUUAGAAUCUAAUGACAAAUAUAAACAUCAAAAAGAUAAGAGAAUAUGUCAAUAUAACGAGCGAUUAGUAUCCGAAGAAAUGGUUGAAGAUAACAACCGGACCAAUGCCCCAACAAAUGAUGAUUACAGUGAAUCAUCAUCGCAAGAAUCACUUCUGUCUGAACGGGAAGGUGGUGCUAUUACUUAUCAUCAAUAUUAUCACGUUUUUAGGGAAGGGGAACUUGAUCAGUUGAUUAAUACGUAUGUUGAAAAUUUACAUAUUAUUUCGUCGUAUUACGACCAUGCCAAUUGGUGUAUUGUCGCUGAAAAAGUUCAAGUUUGGACUAUAUAACAUUUUAUAUCUUGUAAAAAUUAGCUAUUUUAUAUGCUAUUAUUCUAGUUUGCUUAAUAAUUUAUCAAGUUGAGGACAUAAUUUAAAUGCAGAAGAAACUAAUAAAGCAUAAAAAUCCACCUUUAAAUAAAAUAAGUGAUUUUUUU